AGGUGUGGUUACUCCACCGCCGGCUCCAGAGUUCUACUGAAGUUUAUAACCAGAGUGGCUGCUGAAAGGACCGCACAGUGCACACGAGCUGUGCAGAUUGCCGGCUCACGUCCUUUUCCUUUCUUUUCUUUUUUUCUUAUUUUUAUUUUGUUCCCUCGCCCCAUCCCCAUCUUUUCAAAGGGAGUCUUGCUGCUUGUGAGUGAAGCAUCUGCACGCAGGUACGGAUGGCUGGAAGCAAGCACUUGAGGACUGCAUCACUAGCAAUUAUUUGCACUGGCUUGCUGGCUGCUUUGGCGCUGACAGGUAGAGUGAACGCUCAGAGCGAUGACAGCUUGGGAUUGUUUUACGGAUUAAGAUCAGGACCCUCCGUAGAUGCUAUACUGGUUGCCAAUAAUGGAAUACGAGUGCCGUUUGGACGAUCCAUGUUUAUUGAUCCAAUUAAUGAUUUGGUGAUUCAAGUUCAGCCAGGUGACAGAUGCUCUAUCACCGUCCUGGACAAUGACCCUUUAUCUCAGAGGCCUGGACAGCUGACACCAAAGAAGUUUCCCUGUGACUUUGGCCCCAGCGAUGUGAAGUAUUCACAUUUUGGCUCCAGAAGCCCUUCAAAGGACAGAGUAAAGCUGCAGCUCAGGUAUGACACACAAACUGAUACCAUUAUUAUACCGUUUAUGAUUGAAGUGGAAGUGGUGUUCACCCAGUUAGAGGUUGUAACGAGAAAUAUGCCUCUGUCUGUGGAGAAGCUUCUUGGAACUAGCAAUCCUAUUGAUAGAAAGGUUCUGGAGUUUACUUUUGAUAGAGCUGCACAGGUGUGUAAGAUUACUGCUUUGACCAACCCUAAUGGGCUUCCCAGGUAUGGCAAGCUGAUUAAUGAUGCAAAGGCUGGCCAGAUGGUUGACUGUGAUGAGUAUUUAAAAUUAGAUAUACGAUACCAGCACUCUGCUGCCACAAGGUCCCCGAACAGAGACUAUAUUCCAAUGGUAGUAGAGCUGCAGGACAAAGAGGGCAACCUACUUAAGCAAGAGUAUUUUCAAAUCAUGGUUCGAAUUCGAGAGGGGGAGGAGAAUACUGCCCCCAAGCCCAGCUUUGUAGCAAUGAUGAUGAUGGAAGUGGACCAGUUUGUAAUGACAGCCAUUACCCCUGACAUGCUUGCAGCAGAGGACACAGAAUCUGAUCCUGAUGAUUUAAUAUUUAACAUCACCUCUUCACUUUCUUUUGAGCAAGGCUACAUAGUAAGUACAGAUGAUCGCAAUCUACCCAUUACUACUUUCUAUCAGAGAGACCUUAAAGAUCUAAAAAUUGCCUACAGGCCACCUUCUCAAGAUGCGGAUAUGGAAAGGAUUUUUCAAAUUGAAUUUGAAGUUGUAGAUACAGAAGGGGCUACAUCGGAUAUUUUUGCUUUUAUGAUUGUUGUGAAGCCAAUGAACACUCUGGCACCAGUAGUGACACGGAACACUGGUCAGCUUUUAUAUGAAGGUCAGUCCAGACCUCUUUCUAGUCCUCAGAAUCUGGAAAUAAGUGAUGAGGAUAAUCUUGCAGAUGUCAGAGUUACAGUUAUUGAUGGCCUAAGGCAUGGAGAUCUGACAAUUUUAGGAGUGAGAAGGAAGUUCUUCACUGCUGCAGACCUUGAUGCUGGCUUAGUUGUAUAUCAGCAUGAUGGAAGUGACACCUAUAGUGACAAUAUAAUUUUUAGAAUGACAGAUGGAAAGCAUGAGGUUGAGUUUCUUUUCCCCAUCACAGUUGUACCCACCGAUGAUGAGCCACCCAUCAUAAAUGCCAACACUGGACUUGUGCUGUCCAAAAAUGAAAUGGUGCCCAUCUCCCCCUUUGUGCUCAGUGCUACAGAUAUUGACUCAGAAGACUCAACCAUCAAAUUCAUUGUUGAGCCCCCUUUUUCUACAAUUGGUGAAAUAGUGCUUCGUCAGUCAGAAGUCCCUGCAGACCCCUCUACUUGGAAAUUUCUAGAAAGUGAUGAAAUAUACGAAAAAGUUGUGACAGAAUGGCUACAACAAGAUAUUAUGGAAGGAAAGCUUUUUUAUAGACAUGUGGGUCCUCACAGCACAGUUACAGUUAUGGAUCACUUUAUUUUCCGCGUGCAAGAUGACAAUGAUCCCCCCAAUCAGUCAGGUGAGAACACCUUUAUAGUGAAAAUUCUUCCAGUGGAUGAUCUCCCUCCUGAAUUGUUUCCAGGAACAACUUUACAAGUGAUUGUUCAAGAAUACCACGUCACACAUUUUAGGAAGAAGUUCCUACGUUACACAGACCUGGACUCAGAAGACAGGGACUUGAAAUACACCAUAAUCAAACCACCAACUGACACAGAUGAGAAUAAUAUGGUGGAACUUGGACAUAUUGUCCUAACGGAAAGUCCUGAUACUAUAGUGAGAGAAUUUACCCAGGCACAAAUUAACCAUCACAAAAUAGCAUACAAGCCCCCAGACCUUGAACUUGGAAUUACUCCUCAUGUGAUCCAAUUUCAGUAUACUGUUGAGGACACUUCUGGAAACAGUGUUGAAGGAACCUUUACCAUAUUUCUUCAGCCAGUUGACAACAAGCCUCCUCAGAUUAUAAAUACAGGAUUUACAGUUUUUGAAAGAGGAACUCAUAUCAUUAAGAGUGCAGAACUGGAUACUAGUGAUGCAGACACAGACAGAAAACAUAUAUUAUUUACUGUUGUCCAGCCUCCUCUUCAUGGGUAUGUUCAAUAUGCAGGCACCACAAUGUCUGAAGGAUAUACAUUCAACUUGGAAGACAUAGCCAAAGGUAAUGUUGCCUAUGUUCAUAAUGGAGAUGAGACAACUAGUGAUUUUUUCAAAAUAGAUGUCACUGAUGGAGUGCACAUUGUGACCAUAACUGUCCGAAUUAGUGUUCGCCCAAUAGACGAUGAAACACCAACUAUCAUGCUGCCCUCUGGCACUAUUGGCUCCUACAUGGACGUCUUGGAAAAUGGCGCAGCUGAGAUCACAACAAAUGUUAUUCAAGGUAGAGAUGAAGACACUGACGAUUUGAUGUUAACAUUCAUAGUUGAAGAUCCUCCUGUUCUGGGUGAAAUCUUAGUCAAUGGUGUUCCUUCUGAAAGAUUCACACAGGGCGAUAUUAUCAAUGGGGUGGUGGUAUAUGCACAUACAAGUGGUGAAAUUGGCCUUAAUAGAAAAGAAGAUUAUUUCAAUUUAACUUUGUCUGAUUUGUCAGAUGAGUGGACAAUUGGAGGCAAUAAAGUCCAUGGGGUGCGUGUACAAGUCACUAUCCUCCCUGUUGACAGUCAGGCUCCUGAGGUUACAGUUAGGGAGCAGUUCACUGUAGUAGAAGGUGAAAAGAAUGUCAUUGAACUGGACCACAUGAGUGCUGAAGAUGUUGACACACCCAGUGAUGACCUGCUGUGCACCAUUAUUGUCCAGCCAACAUCUGGCUAUGUGGAGAAUAUCUCACCGGCUCCUGGUUCAGAAAAAUCACGUACAGGAACAGCCAUCAGUGCUUUCACUAUUAAAGAUAUUCGACUUGGACACAUUUAUUAUGUCCAGAGCAUUCAUAAGGGUGUAGAACCAGUUGAAGACAGAUUUAAUUUCCGAUGCUCAGAUGGCAUAAAUUUUUCUCAGAGGCACUUUUUUCCCAUUGUGAUCACUCCAUCUAAUGAUGAAAAGCCAGAAAUCUUUAUGCGAGAAUUUGUUGUCAUGGAGGGCAUGAAUAUUGUGAUUGACACACCUAUUCUUAAUGCGGCGGAUUCUGAUGUGCCUCCAGAUGACUUAAUGUUUAUCAUUACUAAGCCACCAAAGCAUGGGUCUAUAGUUAACCAGCUGACUACGGGUACAGUCUUAGUCAGCAAUUUUACUCUCGAUCAGAUCAAAGAGGCCUCCAGCAUUGUUUAUGAGCAUGAUGACUCUGAGACCAAAGAAGACAGUUUUGAUGUCAUACUUACUGAUGGGAAGCAUACUGUACAGAAAACUAUUAUUGUCAUGGUAAUUCCUGUUGACGAUGAAACACCAAGAAUGAGUAUUAAUGACGGACUUGAAAUUGAAAUUGGGGAAACAAAAGUAGUCAAUAAUAAAGUCUUAAAGGCUACUGAUCUUGAUUCAGAGGACAAGUCCUUGACCUAUAUUAUUCGCUUUGGGCCUGGACAAGGUCUUCUUCAAAGGAAGAAAGCAUCUGGAAAACUUGAAAAUAUAACUGUGGGAAUGAACUUCACCCAGGAUGAAGUGGACAGAGAUCUGAUUUUCUAUAUUCAUAAUGGACAGGAAGGCAUUCGUGAUCUUAUUAAGUUUGAUGUUACUGAUGGCAUAAACCCACUUAUUGACAGGUAUUUCUAUGUAACAGUGGGCAGCAUUGAUAUGGUCUUUCCUGAUGUCAUAAGCAAAGGGGUUUCUUUAAAAGAAGGUGGCAAAGUGACUCUGACAACAGAUCUCCUGAGUACAAGUGAUCUUAAUAGCCCAGAUGAACAUCUUGUUUUUACCAUUACACGAGCCCCUGUUCGGGGACAUUUAGAGUGCACUGACACCCCUGGCAUGCCUAUCACUUCUUUCACACAGCUCCAGUUGGCUGGCAACAAAAUUUACUAUAUUCAUACAUCAGAUGAUGAAGUUAAAAUGGACAGCUUUGAAUUUGAGGUCACAGAUGGAUACAACCCAGUGUUUCGUACAUUCAGAGUUUCUAUUACAGAUGUGGACAACAAAAAGCCUGUAGUUACAGUGCAUGUCCUGCAUGUGAACGAGGGUGAAGUCAAACUGAUAACUCCCUUUGAGCUUACAGUGGAAGACAGAGAUACGCCUGACCACCUGCUGAAAUUCACAGUUACCCAAGUGCCAGUACAUGGCCAGCUGCUGUUUAAUAACACAAAGACAGUUACCACUUUCACCAAGCAGGAUUUAAAUGAGAAUCUAAUUAGCUACAAACAUGAUGGCACAGAAACCUCUGAAGACAGCUUCUCAUUUACUGUUACUGAUGGAACUCACACAGAUUUCUAUGUUUUUCCUGACACUGUAUUUGAAACUCGCCGACCCCAGAUGAUGAAAAUUAAUAUUAUUUCUGUGGACAAUGGUGUGCCACAGAUUGUUGUUAAUAAAGGAGCACCUACUCUGAGGAUUCUUUCAACUGGGCAUCUUGGCUUUGUGAUUACAAGCAAGGCUUUGAAAGCUGAAGACAGAGACAGUACACAAACAUCCCUGCAGUUCAAGAUCACGCUUGGUCCAGAUCAUGGCUACCUCAUUAACCUGGCCAAAGGCAAUGGCUCCAUUAUUGGAUUUACGCAAGCUGAUAUUGACGACAUGAAGAUUUGCUAUGUAUUACGAGAAGGGGACAACGCUACAAGUGAUAUCUUCUACUUCACUAUUGAAGACAAGGGGGGAAAUAAGCUGAAGAACCAGCACUUUCGUCUGAACUGGGCAUGGAUCUCCCUGGAGAAGGAGUAUUAUGUUGUGGAUGAGGAGUCCAAGUUUCUGGAAGUGGUACUGAGACGCAGGGGCUACUUGGGUGAAACUUCAUUUGUUAGUAUUGACACCAAGGAUGGGACAGCAGAAAAAGACAAAGAUUUCAGGGGUAAAUCACAGAAGCAGGUGCAGUUUAAUCCCGGCCAGACCUUAGCCACAUGGCGUGUCCGUAUCCUGACGGACCAACAGUUUGAACAGUCAGAAACCUUCCAGAUUGUUCUCUCAGAACCUGUAAUGGCUGUUCUUGAGUUCCCAGAGAUCGCCACAGUGGAAAUCCUUGAUCCAGCAGAUGAGUCAACAGUUUAUAUACCCCAGUCUUCAUAUGUUAUCGAAGAAGACAUCGGCGAGUUAAUGAUUCCUGUCAAGAGAAGUGGUGAUGUGAGUCAGGAGUUAAUGGUCAUUUGCUACACUCAACAAGGAUCUGCCAUUGGCACCAUCCCCAGCACUGUGCUGUCGUACUCGGAUUACAUUUCACGACCAGAGGACCACACCAGUGUCUUAAGGUUUGAUAAGGAUGAGACGGAGAAGUUCUGCCGGGUCGUUAUCAUUGAUGAUUCUCUUUAUGAAGAGGCAGAGACUUUCAAUGUGACACUGAGCAUGCCCAUGGGAGGUCGUCUUGGGAAAGAAUACCCGUCCACCCAGGUUGCGAUCACACAGGAUUUGGAUGAUGUGCCCGUCUUCUACUUUGGAGAUACUGAAUAUCACGUGGAUGAGAGUGACGGCUACGUGGAAGUUCGCGUCUGGAGAACGGGAACCGACCUGUCAAAGACGGCGACUGUUACUGUGCGAUCCCGUAAAACGGAGCCAGUUUCUGCAGAAGCUGGAAUUGACUACGUUGGAGUCGGUCGAAAUUUGGAUUUUGCCCCAGGAGUAAACAUGCAGACCUUCCGGGUCACCAUUCUGGAUGACCUGGGUCAGCCCAUCUUGGAAGGACCAGAGACCUUUGAACUGGUUUUAAGAAUGCCAAUGAACGCUGUGCUUGGAGAGCCAAGUAAAGUCACUGUAAUCAUCAAUGACUCCGUGUCUGACUUGCCAAAGGUACAGUUUAAGGAGCCAAUGUAUAUGGGGAAUGAGAAUGACGGGCAGAUUAGAGCGAUGGUCUACCGAAGUGGAGACAUCAGCUAUCAGUCAACAGUGCGCUGCUAUACUCGACAAGGGACCGCUCAGGUCAUGAUGGAUUUUGAAGAGCGGCCUAACAUUGACAGCUCAGUCAUCACAUUCUUCCCUGGUGAAAUAGAGAAGCCCUGCAUUCUGACCCUGGUAGAUGACACUAUCCAUGAAGAAGAGGAAGAGCUGAGGCUGGUGCUUGGCAGUCCAAAGAGCGAGUCUCCUUUUGGGGCCUCUAUUGGUGAACAGAAUGAGACACUGAUCAAGAUCAAAGACCAUGCAGACAGGGCAAUCAUUAAGUUUGGAGAGACAAAGUUCAGCGUCAGUGAACCCAAGGAUGCUGGCCAAAUUGUAGUUGUAAAACUUCCAAUUCUUCGCCUGGGAGACACUUCAAAAGUUUCUGUCAUCAGGGUGCACACAAAGGACGGUUCUGCUACUUCUGGAGAGGACUAUAACCCAGUGUCUGAAGAGAUUGAAUUCAAAGAGGGGGAAACUGAGCAUAUUGUGGAGGUGGAGAUUUUAUAUGAUGGAGUUCGAGAGAUGAGAGAAGCUUUUACUGUCCACCUGAAGCCAGAUGAAAAUAUGGUAGCAGAAAUCCAGAUGAACAAAGCAAUAAUUUAUAUUGAAGAGACCAACUCCAUGGCCGAUGUGACAUUCCCAUCAGUCCCUCAAGUCGUGUCUCUCCUGCUGUAUGAUGAUACUAUUAAUGCUAAAGAAAAUCCCCAUCCACCAGCGGGUUAUCCUGUUGUCUGCGUCACAGCUUGCAACCCCAAGUACUCUGAUUAUGACAAGACAGGCUCCAUUUGUGCUAGUGAAAGUAUUAAUAACACUCUAACACGGUACCGCUGGCUUGUGAGUGCUCCAACGGGUGCUGAUGGUGUGACGAGCCCCAUGCGAGAAGUGGAUUUCGAUACCUUCUUCACUUCCUCAAAAUACAUCACCUUGGAUUCUGUAUACUUCCAAGCAGGCUCUCGAGUGCAGUGUGCUGCCAGAGCAGUCAACUCUAAUGGAGAUGAGGGUUUGGAGCUGAUGAGCCCUAUUGUAUCUGUCAGCAUUGAGGAAGGCAUGUGUCAGCCUCGACUCGUUGGAGCUGUUGGAGCUGAGCCUUUUUCUGCCAAGUUGCGAUACACCGGAGCAGAAGAUCCAGAUCACCCAAACCUUAUUAAGCUGACAGUCACCAUGCCACAUAUUGAUGGAAUGCUUCCUGUUGUCUCGACCAGGGAUCUGUCCAAUUUUGAAUUGACCUUGAGCCCUGAUGGCACUAGAGUAGGGAAUCACAAGUGUUCCAAUCUGCUCAACUACAAUGAAGUGAAAACACGCUAUGGAUUCCUAACAGAAGCCACCAAGAAUCCAGAAGUGAUUGGGGAAACAUCACCAUACCAGUACAGUGGCUCACUCCGAGGGGAGAAUACUCUACGUUUCUACAAGAACCUUAACUUAGAAGCCUGCCUUUGGGAAUUUAUCAGCUAUUAUGAUAUGUCUGAGCUUCUCACUGAUUGUGGUGGUACCAUUGGGACCGAUGGUCAGGUGCUGAACCUUGUACAGUCUUACGUGACGCUGCGUGUGCCACUGCACGUGUCCUACGUGUUCCACUCUCCAGUAGGAGCCGGUGGCUGGCAGCACUUUGACCUGGAAUCAGAGCUCCGGCUAACAUUUGUGUAUGAUACUGCCAUCUUGUGGAAGGACGGUAUUGGCAGCCCACCUGAAGCAGAGUUACAAGGUGCUCUCUAUCCAACCAGCAUGCGAAUAAAUGAAGAAGGACGCCUUGUUGUCAACUUCAGAACGGAAGCACGAUUCCGGGGCUUGUUUGUGACAUCACAUUCUGCCUCUUCUCUCACCUCGAUGGUAAUGUGUGCUGACCACCCCGGCCUUACAUUCAACCUGAGUUUGGUCAGAAAUGAACCAACCUACAAUCAACCAAUACAGCAAUGGACGUUCACUUCUGACUUUGCAGUCCGGGACUACUCUGGUACAUACACUGUGAAGCUGAUACCAUGCACUGCUUCUGCCAAUCAAGAGUACACAAUUCCAGCUGUCUGCAACCCACGAGAACCCAUCACAUUUGACAUUGACAUCAGAUUCCAACAGGUCAGUGAUCCUGUUGCUGCAGAGUUCAGUUUAAAUACUCAAAUGUUUCUGCUGUCCAAGAAGGCUCUUUGGUUGUCUGAUGGAUCGAUGGGUUUUGGCCAGGAAAGUGAUACUGCCUUUUCCGAAGGUGAUAUAAUCUAUGGUCGAGUGAUGGUAGACCCCGUGCAAAAUCUUGGGGACUCUUUCAUUUGUAACAUCGAGAAGGUUUUCCUGUGCACUGGGGCAGACGGCUACAUACCGAAGUAUAAUCCCCCAAAUUUUGAAUUUGGUUGCCUGGCGGAUUCUCCUUCUUUGUUAUACAGAUUCAAAAUUAUUGACAAGGCUCAGCCCGAAACACAGGCAACAGUAUUUGGUAAUGUUGGAUUCAAUGCCCGACUGGCCAUUGACGACCCAGAAGCUCUGACACUUGUAAGACAGCCGGGAUCGGAUGGAUUCAGAGUGGACUCGUUUCCUAUGUUCCAGGUCUCUGCUGGACGGGAAUGGUAUAUCCAUACCAUUUACACAGUACGCUCAAAAGAAAAUGCUAACAGAGGUAUUGGCAAGAGGAGUUUGGAGUACCAGUACCACUCUCUUGGGCAGGGCAGUAAUCUCAAUACAGCAAUGGCAUCUCGUGCACGGAGAGCCACCAGAGAAGUGCCAGAUAUUGAAGAGAUAGGCCACGAAAACAAUCGAGGAACUAAUAUUCAGCAUAUUGCCUUGGACCGGACUUACAAAAAGGAGAAGAAAACGAAGGAAGUCUUUAUAGAUGGCAUCGUCCCACGCGAGAUCAACAGCAAAGAUUCAGAGGAUAACCUAAUCACCAUUGUCUGUGGCAUAGCAGGCCUGCUGCUCACUAUUUGCUUCAUCGUUAUUAUUAUCCUGUUAAUAAAACGCAGACAGAAAUCCAAGGAAAAGGAUGUUUCAAAAGGAUCUACCAGCAGGGAGCCAAUGAUGUCCCACACAUAUCAAAGCAGUGAUAGUUCCGAAGUUUGAUUUCACAUGUAUUUCGACUAACACCUAUACUCCUUGUUGACUAGUGGAAAUGUAACCGCCCAACUUCAAAGUGCCUAUAAGCAAAAAAUUGAACUCAGUUCUUUCAUGUCAUUUACUUACACUGGAAAAGUCAACAAACGAGAAUUCCAUGGUUCCUGCUCUUGACUCUUGAUAUUUUACUAUUUACAAAUGCAACAGAGGCAUUGAUUGAUUGGCUCUGCAGUAACAUUGUCAUGAAUACCCUAAAGAAAUCUGUUUUGUGCUGGUCAUUUCAUGAAAACUCCUCAGAUCUGAGCCUCACCCAAUUUGUGAUACCCAGAAACGGUGCAGGCAACACUUUUUAAGGUUUAGGUAAACAAAAAGGCAUAACAAGGUAGACAAUACUUGCAAGUGCAUGCUGACUACAAAACCAGUAUUUGUAAUUCCUUGAGUGCCUCAUUGUAGGUACCCAUCUGUUUUUUUCAUUUUCUGAAAUGGCUUUGUGCUGCUGUGUAUUGAAUAGCAAUGCAGUGUGGGUGUUGUCCAUGGUCAUCAUUAUACAACAUCUAUCCAGCCGGGAUGUCAAACAACUUCUUACUGAAGCCCCUUAAUAAUUAGAUUUCUUGCCUAAGUACAGCAUUUCACUCUUUAUCAGUAUAAAUAUUUUUCUCUUGCUAUAGCAUUCUGUUCCACUGUAUUUGUUCAAACCCUACUUACCAAUACAGUGCGGAGAAUCACCAAUAUGCGUACGACCUGAACUCCUCAGUGGUCAUAAUGUGCACCCACCUCAUAUUGUCACGCAAUGGCUGCCUGCUUGUACAUUUCAAUAUCAUUUAGGAUGUAAUUUUUAAGUAAAAAUCCCAAUGGCCUUACACGUGGAAGUAUGUGGGAUAUACAAUUAAAUAUGGAAAUGCGGAAAAAGGGACAUGAGCAGCCUAAUGAAGAAAGCAAAUUGCUUCUAAGUAUGAUGGAGUUAAAAGAGUGGAUCUGAUAACAAAAAAGCCAGCCCUGGACAAACUUAGUUUGGCCGCUGUUUGCUAAAAGUAUCUCAUUAAGUUUGGAAAACACAAAAACAAGGAGCCCAGUAAUGAAAGCAAAUUUUUCAAGUUUAGUUGAAGCACAACAUUGUUGUGGCCCUGAGUCCAAGAUGGAGUUUGACACUUCUGCUGUUUUUUAUCCGUUGCACAUCAGGUAGGAUUUGCUUUUGAAUUCUGCUGAUUUGUGAUCUGCAAAAUCACAUAAAAUCAUUUUAGUGUUUGGUUGUAGUGAACAAGUACAAACAAAAGUAGUUAUGUCUUCUGUGGCCACCUCUGAGCAUGCUGGUUCACGUAAAGCAGAACGUUUAGUUCUGAUCAUCAUCACAUUUCCAACAAUCCUCAGAACCCUUGAAUGAGUUUGUAAAGUAAAUCACUGCCCAAAUUUUUAAUAAAUGCUUAAAGAAUGUAUAUAUUGUAAAAUCCCUAUUGAUAUGGUUCCAAUUUUUGAAUAGGAUAGUAAUAUAAUUUUUUUUGAAUCUGUUAUCUUUAGUCUUUUUAAUCCUAAAAAUCAGAACUGGUCACACGUUCCUAUAUAACAUACUAGUAUCAUGGAACAAACAAUGUGAUAAUAAUACCACUACGACCUAAAUACUGAUUUUGAGUUGGAAAUUAGGUGGGUUGUCUUAAAGAUUAAAUAAAUAUUGGUGGUCAGAAAUUCACCAAGACUGUUUACAAAGAAAUGUUGCUAAAUUUCAUUUUACUAAAAAGCGAAACGUGGUCGACAUUUAUGUGCUGCUCCUUUAUGCUCUGUUGGAUCUGACAAAGUGAGGUACAGUAAACUGCUUGAUGUGUUUUAUUAUUUUUAGCAAAAAAAAAAAAAACGAUGUAAGUUCACACGAUGAUACACGUGUUUAAAGAGAAUGUGGUGCAAACCAAACCGGUGGGCGCACCGUAAGCUGCGUUCCGUUUUCUUCUCAAACUGAACCUUGCUCUUUAAAACUCAGUUUUGUGUACUAGUAACCGGUGGGAUUGUUUCCUUUCGGUGGACAUUUAUUGAUUCAAAGGAACUGAGCCUUUAAUUACAGUAUAACAAACAGGGACAGUAUAGCCACACAUUAGAAUCAAGACGGCUGUCCUGUGCGAGAGCAGGGACAGGACCUCGUGCCAAAAAUCGGCUGUAGUGCGAUUGUUCAGAUUAUUUUGAUUUCAUUUAAUUCAUCUACUUUAUACCGGAUAUAGUUUUUCCUACACAUCGCUGGUGCAAAUGACCAAGGGGCAAAAUACCCAAAACUGUUUAGUUUUUGCUGGUUAUGUGAAAUUGUCCCUUUUGUGACGUAACUAAAUUGUAAUGAGUUGGCUAGAUAAGGUUAGGGGGUUAGUACACACUGCAGUAUCGGUGUUCAUUUGGACGGUUAAUUAAUAAAAAUGACAACAUAAUAAGACAACUUAAAAAAAAAAAAAACACUGGAAUAAAAUUAUACUUGGAAUAGACAUAAUUUACAGGGCAAAACAAAAUUCAGCCACUUAAAAUGAGGCAAACUAGCGAUGCGUGGCAAAUUUUUGUUAUUUGUUGUAACAAGAAUCAAAUAAACUGCACUGACAAAGAGCCAAAAUGUUUUUCAAAGUAGUUUUUUUUUAUUAUUUUUUUUUAAAUGUGUAUGUUUGAGUGAGUAUUUAAGUUAUUACAAAAUAUAUUUGCUAUUACAAAGUAUUAAGCAGCUAAAAGGCGGGGGACUAAAAAGGGAAAGAGAAACUGAACACGGUGCUUCUUUCAGUGAAUCUUAAUUCUGUGUUUUUAACGUUCAUUUCCCACUCUAUUUAGACAUACGUUAUAAUAAGACAAAUUCACACGUGAAAUGCUUUAAUGUAGUCAACCGGGAUGCAGUAGCUGGACUUCAUAGAUUUCUUCAUUUACCAACCAUAUAUUAUAUUGUUUUAGUGUGAAAAAUGUUGUGUAUUAAAAAAAAUACAGUGUCCUGUCUGUAAUGUAAAAAUGGUGUAUGAUCUAUCUAUCGAUCUAUCUAUCUAUCUAUCUAUUUCUCACUAGUAUUUCAUUCAUAAUAAUGGUAGUAGUUGUUGUGUACGUGAUGCAUUCUGUUACAAUGCCAGCCGUUCCCCUUUUGUACCCGUGUAGUUGUGCCGUUAUUACAAGAUGUGGGCCUUUUUUGUUAUACCUGACAAACUUCAGGAACUGUUUUGAGUCAUUAGUUUGUUAUUUUGUAUAAAUAUAUAUAUUUAAAUUUGGACUUUUGUUUUGAUGUUUCGGGAGUGGUCAGUGUUAUUAUACAGGUUGUGUACUGUAAUUAUUUGUAACAUAGACUUUCAAGCACAAAUUGACUGAAAUCUGCAAUAAAAAGAAUAAAAUCACAUUUUUUUCAGUA